AUGAACAAGCACAUUCAAUUCUCAUCAACUUCUACAUCAACUCCCUCCGCAGAUGAUAAUGAAGAAUGUGGAUCAACCCUACUUGUAGUAAAAACUAUUGAUCCUAUGAUCGAAGAUGAGUCAGCGUCUCAUUCUCCUCAAGCUGGGACUGGUCCUCCUAUACCAACAACUAUUAACAUUGUUGCUUUUCGUCAGGAUGAUCAGGAAGAAUCCAGAUCAAAUUAUAAAACUAAUGUGCUAUCUAAACCCUCUCUAGUUAUGCAGUUAACCCAAUCACUAGGAAAAAGGUUGAACAAAGUAGAUAAGGAUGGGGCUGAUAUGAAGCGUUUUAUGGACUUCAUUGUUGUUGUUGUUGAUGAUGAUAUGGUUGUUGAUGGCACUCCACCAAGCUCUCCAGGUGAUAAUCCUCCUCCACGUUCACCUCCAUCAUCCAAUAUUCCUCCAACACCUCCUCCACUUUCUCAUCCUCAUCCUCUCACUCCUUCAUGA